GUUACUCUCUGAUACUAGCUUGACACUAACAUCGUCGCGCAUGCACGUCCAACCUACCCAAUUUUCCAUCACUGGUAAUAACUAGACGUGGAAGUCUCGUGUUAACGGGUACCGCAAACACACCGAAACGUUUAAAGGUAAAACGCCGAAGUUUGAAGUAAAAGCUUGUCCAUUUAUAAUCAUGGCGGUACGUGUACAAUUUGAGAAUAAUAAUGAGAUCGGUGUUUUUUCAAAAUUGACAAAUUCCUAUUGCUUGGUAGCAAUUGGUGGUUCCGAAAAUUUUUACAGUGUAUUUGAAGCAGAAUUAUCGGAGACAAUUCCAGUUAUUCAUGCAUCAAUUGCAGGGUGUCGUAUUAUUGGUCGACUAUGUAUUGGAAACAAAAGUGGGCUGUUAGUACCAAAUACUACAACAGACAUAGAAUUACAACAUAUUCGGAAUUCUCUGCCAGAUAAUGUGAAAGUUCAAAGAGUAGAAGAGAGACUAUCUGCUCUUGGAAAUGUUAUAGCAUGCAACGAUUAUGUUGCUCUUGUUCAUCCAGAUUUGGAUAGGGAAACUGAGGAAAUUUUAGCUGACACACUGAAUGUAGAAGUAUUUAGACAAACAAUUGCGAGUAAUGUUCUCGUCGGAUCAUAUUCAGUUUUGUCAAAUCAAGGUGGCAUGGUACAUCCAAAGACUUCUAUACAGGACCAAGAUGAGCUUUCAUCUCUUUUACAAGUACCACUUGCGGCUGGUACUGUAAACAGAGGUAGUAAUGUAAUUGCUGCUGGUAUGGUUGUAAAUGAUUGGGUAUCUUUCUGCGGUAUGGAAACUACUUCAACAGAACUGUCGGUUAUCGAAAGUGUUUUUAAACUUAACGAAGCUAAUCCGGCUGCAAUUACAUCAAGUAUGCGUGCGUCUCUUAUAGAAAGUAUGUCAUAAAAAUACAAAGACAUCCCUGAUAAACUGGAAAGUUUGUGCUGGACUCUAGAUUGCAUACAUGUACAUAAACCGAAUAUUUAUUCAACAUACACGAUUGCACAAGAUUUAUGCCAUGCUUACGUCUGACAU